GUAUGGAAAACGUGAAUAUGAGAGACAGGCCAUUCCUGACAACUCAGAGAAAUGCUAGCUCAGCAGAUAAUCUGGUAUUUCGAGUGAAAAAUGGGAUAAAAAGUAAAAAGUACAAACCAGUGGACUAUCAACAAUUGCAUGCUUUAACUGAAGCAAAGAAGUUAGCUUCUGCGUCAUCAGAGCUAAAGAUCAGAAAAGCACUGCAGACUUCAAAGUUAUCUAAAGAACAGCGGCUAAUGAAACAGCACAAGCAAGUGUGGUGGCAAGAGCACCAAAGACUAAAUCAAGCCAGAAUCAAAACUGAAUCUGAAAUAAAAUGUUUUAUCAAUGAAGAGAAUGUUGGAAGCAAAUGUCUUUGUGAUCUUACAAAUUUUGAGCAAGAGUUAUCAGAACACUGGUGCAUAUUUCUUAAAAAUGUGAUAAAUCCCAUUCAGCAGCUGAGGGCAGAUCUGAAAUACAGAGAGCAUCAUCUCUUACCGCCUUCACAUCCCCACACUGAAGUUAACUCUGUGGAAGUGCUAGAAGAGAUUGACUCUGUGAAGAAGCAAUUGAAAACCGUAUUCGACAAACUUAACCUAGAGCAACAAAAAAUAGAAACAGACCUUUCGGACUGGAGUAGAAAAAUACUGGAUUAUUCUUUGGAAGAGGAAAUUAGCAUGCUUACUGAACUUCCAAUUGAACUACAAGUUUUAGAGUGCCCAUACCCUGAUUUGAAGUCUGCAAUCAUUAAUGAGUUCUGCAACUUUACAGAGAAAUAUCAAAAGAAACUGCAUGAUGUUGAUCUGCAGCUGGGAGACAUACUCAGAAACUUCCAACUCAGUGAAGAAGAAAAUUGGAUUUAUCAGGCUGUUUUGGAUCAGUAUCCUGGAGAUCUCUAUGGCAGAAGGACUCUAUACCUGGAUAUGUUACAAAGAUACUUUCCUCACAAAUCUAGGCGGCAUUUGGUUGAACAUGAGAAAUAUUAUGACCGAUAUCACUUUGCUCAGGAGCAGCGAAGGAUCCUGAUGUCAAAUUGGCAUAAGCAUAGGGAAGACUUUAUACAGAAGGCUCUGCUGACCCUUGCUGAGGCCUGUGUAGCUUAUGAAAUGGAAAGCAGCUUGGUGAAAGACAGAAAAAAGCAACAAGAGUUGUGUGCUGAUCUGAAAGCCAAG